AUGGAGGGGAUUUCGUUCGAUGUAGAGGGUCGAUCUCACUCGGGUUGGCUCGUUUCUCCACAGUUAUUUGGCGAUGCUCGUACUAGGUUGUUCACAUAUUGGACAGGUGAUGGCUACCGCAAUGGAUGCUACAAUGUACUAUGUCCGGGUUUUAUCCAGGUGCAUAGGGAAAUUACCCCUGGUUAUCUAGCAGAACCAACUUCUACUUAUGGUGGAGUUCAAUAUGAGCUUGUAAUCCAUAUUGAACAGCCUAAUAGUUUUGUCCUCAAAGUUGCCAACUUUGGCUAUCAUUCUACCCUACUGAAAGUUAUCCAUAUAAGCAUACAAUCACAAUCUAUCAUUGCAUCCAUGUUAAGUGAUUAUCAUUUGUUGAUAAUUUCUGCAUUUUUUACAUUAUUACACUUAUUAUCAAAAUUUAUUUCUAAUCAGGAUAGAAAUACUGGGAAUUGGUGGUUGAUUGUGAGCGAUCGCAAAGUAGGCUACUGGCCAAAGGAACUAUUCCCGUAUUUGCGCAAUGGCUCACUACACACAGCUUGGGGAGGAAUUGGCAUAGCUGGAAGCGAUGGAUUCUGUCCACCAAUGGGAAGUGGUCACAUGCCAGAUGGUGUUUACGAGCAUGCCACCGUCUUUCGAAGACUCCAUUGGGUUCGAUCGGACGGCAAAUUCCUACCUCCUUCAAAUAAGACCACGGAGUGGGUGGAUAGAUCCAAUGUUUAUGGUUUGAUGAACCAUCACCACGUCAGAAAAUAUCGAAGUGGCUACAUGAUUAGCAUCGGAGGUCCAGGAGGUUAUUGUAGGGUAUAGAAAAUUUACAUGAAGAAGCUAUCUUGAACAAUUCAAAUAAUAAAGCUAUCAAUUUUCUAUUUUACACCCUUUUGUUUUUGUAAUUAGUGAUGUUCAUUUUUGUUUCCUUUCUCUCGUGAUUGGGUUGGCAAUUGCGCGCAACCUCAAUGGUUACCAGAAUUCUUUGGACGGCUUCUUUGGAAUUUCCGAAUAUGGUAAAUCCCUACCAGCUCCUUCGACCAAAACGAUCGAGCCCAUAUAUAAAUUCAGAAUCUAUGCCUGGA